AUGCCCGCCACGCCACGGUCAACAUCACGAGCCGCCUCGGGCAGGACGGUGCCCCUCCGCUGCGAAAGGCUUGCGCGCGCCCUGCCUGCAUCCGAGUGCAUACGAUCGGGUCGAGCUGCAGUCGCAACGACAGCCACACCUAUAAUAGUGCUGCGAAGCCAACCUUGGAAGGAGAGCGAGCCGACUGGAAGACUUCUUUCCCUCCUCAUGAACCGCCGUCCCGGUGGUCGAACAACAGAUGCGCCCGUCCUCUCUCCGACCCAUCCCUUGCACGACAUCUUUGCCCGUUACGGCCGUUAUGCGGCCCGUCACGUAGUCGCCACCUUGCUCGUCUCCGUCGUCGUCGCCACCAUCCUCCUCUAUCCCAUCCCCUUCCUCUUCACCAACGACUUCAUCAACGGCGCCUCCAACCUGCCGCAUCAUGUCUGGACCGUCGCCCAGCCGCUGCCGCACGAUGCCGCCGGGGAACCCGACGUCAUCAUGCGCUCCAUCUGGGUCCACGGCACCUACAUGGAAGCCCUCAACAAGAGCCUUCUCUCCUCCGCCCUCGACCUCCAGGAUGAGCUCCUCGGCAUCACCAAAAACUUCAACCCCGCGAGCGCCCGGGGCCUGGCACGGACCGCCGAUGACUCGCACCGCGACCUGCCGUCGCUGAGCCACCGGGACGCCAUGCACGUGGCCAACGGCCUCACCAACCAGUCUUGGUUCUUCCACUCCCCUCUCCUCUACUGGGCCUGCUCUCACGAGCGACUCUCGGCCGACGACGAUAUCCUGUCGACCAUCAACGACAAGAAGAACCAGUCCACGUCGGCCAACGUCACCCUCCGCCAUUCCAUGGUCUUCAGCGGGAAGCGUUUCAAGGACCGUCGGCUGCUCGCCGCCGACGCCCUCGUCAUCACCCUCCACCAUCUCCGCGACUCCCCCGUCGGUCGCUUGUGGGAGGAGCGGGCACGGGAACUGCCCCGGAAGGCGGGACCCGACUGGGACAUUUGGCCUCCCGACGGCCGGCCUGGCUCGAGUCGCCGGUACGAGUUCCAGUUCCGGCCCAUGUCCAUUCAAGACAUGGCCAGCCUCGUCGUCGCCUACGGGCUCACCAUCGUCUACUUCCUCACGAGCGUCUCGAAGCUCAUGGCCGUCAAGUCCAAGUUCGGUCUCAUGCUCACCAUCGCCGCCCAGAUCGCCUUCUCGACCAUGUCCAGCUUCACCAUCUGCGCCGUCUUCAACGUCAACCUCUCGCACAUCCCGCGCGCCGCCUAUCCCCUCGUCAUCCUGGCCAUGAGCCUCGAGCAAAUCUUCCGGCUCAUCAACGCCGUCAUGCUCAACCCGUCCGAGGACAGCGUGAGCAACAGGAUCGGCCACGCCUUCGGCCAAACCGCCCACACCGCCCUCACCAGCAGCACGCAGAACGUCAUCAUCCUCGCCGCCCUCUCCCGCGCCGUCUCACCCGGCGUGUCCGAGUUCUGCAUCUUCGUCGCCGUCGCCAUCGUCUUCGACUUCUUCUAUCUCUCCACCUUCUUCCUAUCGGUCCUCAGCGUCGAUGUCCGCCGGAUGGAGCUCGGCGAUGCCCUCGCCAAGGCCUCGAUGCGACACAACCGUGGCAAGUCGGACAACCGCAAGCUCCGUUGGUGGCGCCACCAGGUCCUGCGCGGCCAGAUCGCCUUGUCGACGCGCGUGGCUGGCACCGUCGUCAUGUCCAGCUUCAUCCUCAUCGCCCAGUGGCACUUCUUCGCCGACGAGAGUCUGUUCGGCAAGAUCCUGCGCCUCUACCGGGGGCCGGAGCCGAACCAGCUUCGAGCCGAGCCCCGGUCGUCCUUCCUCCAAGGGAUCCACCAAGCCAGGAGUCCGACCUCGUGGCUGCGAAUGCAGGACCACGACACGGCCCGGGAGGUCAUCAGCAUCAUCAAGCCACCGACAUCCUACAGCUACGUGGCGCAGGUCUUCGACCCCAUCGUCUUCGUCCGGAAAGGUUCGGAUCGCGUGCCGCACACGAAGGAGCCGACGCUGCUGCCGGCCGCCUACGACUUCGUUCACCACGAAAUGGCCCGUCUCGUCUUCAUCAUCGUAGUCGUCGUCGCCGCCCUGCGCUUGCUGAUGAACUUUCUCCUCUGGGAGGACGACGGGAGCUUCAAGAGCGAGUCCGACUCGGACGACGCCCCCCACUUGACCGUCAAGUCUCUCGCCCGCGGUCAUCGGAUGGACAUCACGAUGAUGACGAGCUCCGCCGACGGCCUUGUCGUGUCGGCGAGCCUCGACGGCAUCAUUCGCGUCUGGUGCAUCCGUGGGCUGGGGACGAGCUACAUGAUCGCCAACGGCGCCGAAGCGGCGGCGACGCUGUACCCGGUCAUUUCCAUGGCCAUCGAUGGCGAAUCGAAAUGGCUCGCCCUCUUGUCGCGGCCCAAAAAGGCGACCCAGCCCAUGGUUUUCUUUUGGGACCUCGCCAAAAAAGUAUGGGGCCCAUCAGUUCCGGCUCCCGGUGGCCACCACAGGCCCAUUGCCUUCGCCUUCGACCCGACGGCAUCGCGCGACGAGCCCAGAGUCAUUGCCGUCUACCAGGACGGCUCCUUGGCCGAUAUUCGGGCGGGCUCCUCGAGGGAGAGCGAGAGCGUCGGCGUAUUUCCGACCUAUCUGACUUGCGCCCGCGUCGGCGCGAGAAAAGGUGCGGCAGCAUACCCCCGUGCAGCGUGCAAGCUUCCCACCAUCGCAGCAUCAUCGCCGCUGACGCCGGCACUUCUAGCUUCCAACGGCGCCCCCUCGCAGCCGCUGAUACUGUCCAUUUCCAAGCACGGCGAGGUCUGCAUGGCAACGCGGCAAGAAACGUCGUGGGAAUCGCAGCACGUCGCGGUUGAAGGGCUCGGCGAGUCCAGCUCGCAUUACAUCGAAUCCCUACCGAUGUUGGACCUGUUUGUCGUCUCGGGUCCCCGCUGCGUCUACCUCAUCAGCGCUGAGGACGGGUCGGUUUUGUACGCGUUGCAGACGGAGCGAAUGCGACCAAGGCCCCUCAGGUGCGCGUACACUUGGCAACGGCCCGUCCAGCCCGGGCCGGUUGGCCUGACCUCCUUCACCUUGGGCUACGUGGAAACGGACUCGGGCGAUUGCAUCCUGCAGACCUUUGUUCCCGCCGAGGGCUGCAACGCCAUUCACCUGCACACCCCCGCGGACGAGCACCGAAGUGACUGGUCUACGUGGGAGUCCGCGAGGCAGACGAGGAAGCGUGUCACAAACCCUGGCGCCUGGGACAUGGUCUCCGACGGCAGCGCCGUGGGGAUCCGGCAGAAGAGACCGUCGAGCAAGAACACGCAGGUCGGCGACUUGAGCGGGAUGCGUAAGCGCCACAGCAAGCGUCCUGCCGCCGCCGAUCCUUUCGAAGGGUGGGAAGUUUGGACGGCAUCGGCCGGCACGCGGCUCGAUGCAGACGAGUCGCAGCGGCUGAUAAAGAACGGCGAGCAGGCCGAUCACCUCCUCAUCACCGAACUGGGGCCAAGUAUGAGAGUGGGACAGAAUUCUGUAGCGUUUGCAUUUGGGGACAUGGUCAAACUGGUCGUACUAGGCGGCCAGGUGCGGGUCAAGGACGCUGCUGACGACGCAAACGGAGACUUGUUCAUCAACGCCUGCGCCAGACGACGCAGGCACGGAAGCGGGUCAAGGCGAAGGUCGUCUGCUGGAGUGCAGGAUCAUGGCGGGCGAUGA